CGCUCCUUCAGUCUGGAUGUUAAUGGCAGGACAAAGGGGUGCCUGGACUAUGGGCGACGUGGUAGAGAAGAGUCUGGAAGGGCCCCUGGCACCUCCUACAGAUGAACCCUCCCAGAAAAAGGGAGACCUGGUAGAAAUCUUAAACGGGGACAAGGUAAAGUUUGACGACACUGGGCUGUCCUUAAUUCUGCAGAAUGGCCUGGAGACCCUCCGCGUGGAAAACUCUCUGACAGAUGUCAUCUUGUGUGUGGAUAUUCAGGAAUUCUCCUGCCACCGCGUGGUACUUGCUGCGGCCAGCAACUAUUUCAGGGCCAUGUUCUGCAAUGAUUUAAAGGAAAAGUAUGAGAAGAGGAUCAUUAUCAAAGGGGUCGAUGCUGAGACCAUGCACACGCUCCUGGACUAUACCUAUACCAGCAAGGCGCUGAUCACCAAGCAGAAUGUCCAGCGGGUCCUGGAAGCUGCUAACCUCUUCCAGUUCCUGCGGAUGGUGGAUGCCUGCGCCAGCUUCCUCACAGAAGCCUUGAACCCAGAAAACUGUGUUGGGAUACUGAGGCUGGCCGACACACACUCUUUGGACAGUUUAAAGAAGCAGGUUCAAAGUUACAUCAUCCAAAACUUUGUGCAGAUUCUGAACGCCGAGGAGUUCCUUGAACUUCCCGUGGACACUCUGUACCACAUCUUAAAGAGCGAUGACCUUUAUGUGACGGAGGAGGCUCAGGUGUUUGAGACCGUGAUGAGCUGGGUGCGGCACAAACAGUCGGAGCGGCUCUGCUUGCUCCCUUACGUCCUGGAGAACGUGCGCUUGCCGCUUCUGGACCCGUGGUACUUUGUGGAGACAGUGGAAGCAGAUCCUCUCAUCAGGCAGUGCCCGGAGGUCUUCCCGCUGCUCCAGGAAGCCAGGAUGUACCACCUUUCUGGCAAUGAGAUCAUUUCGGAGCGCACCAAGCCCAGGAUGCAUGAGUUCCAGUCUGAGGUGUUCAUGAUCAUCGGCGGCUGCACGAAGGAUGAGCGGUUUGUGGCGGAGGUUACCUGCCUGGACCCCCUGAGGCGCAGCCGCCUGGAGGUGGCCAAGCUCCCCAUGACGGAGCAGGAGCUGGAGAGUGAGAAUAAGAAGUGGGUGGAGUUUGCAUGCGUGACGUUAAAAAAUGAGGUCUACAUCUCAGGUGGCAAAGAAACACAGCAUGAUGUUUGGAAAUAUAAUUCCUCGAUCAACAAAUGGAUUCAAAUUGAGUAUUUGAACAUAGGCCGCUGGAGGCAUAAAAUGGUGGUGUUGGGCGGCAAGGUCUACGUGAUCGGAGGUUUCGAUGGCUUGCAGAGGAUCAACAACGUGGAGACCUACGACCCCUUCCAUAACUGCUGGUCAGAGGCUGCACCCCUCCUUGUUCACGUCAGUUCCUUCGCAGCCACCAGCCAUAAGAAAAAGCUCUAUGUGAUUGGGGGAGGGCCCAAUGGGAAACUGGCCACGGACAAGACUCAGUGUUAUGACCCUUCAACCAAUAAGUGGAGUUUAAAGGCGUCCAUGCCAGUGGAGGCUAAAUGCAUCAAUGCAGUGAGUUUCCGGGACCGCAUCUAUGUCGUUGGUGGAGCCAUGAGAGCGCUGUAUGCCUACAGCCCCCUGGAGGACAGCUGGUGCCUGGUGACACAGCUCAGCCACGAGAGGGCCAGCUGCGGCAUCGCGCCCUGCAACAACCGGCUCUACAUCACUGGGGGGCGGGACGAGAAGAACGAGGUCAUUGCCACGGUGCUGUGCUGGGACCCGGAGGCCCAGAAACUGACCGAGGAGUGCGUCCUGCCCCGGGGGGUGUCGCACCACGGCAGCGUCACCAUCAGGAAGUCGUACACCCACAUCCGGAGGAUCGUGCCGGGAGCAGUGUCAGUGUGACUGUGGGAGACGGGCAGCGCGGCCCACAGACCCUCGGCACCCCUCACCUACGUCCCGCCCACUUCAGACGGCAGGCGGGGCUUGGGCUUUAGACCAAGCAGCGGCAAAGCCCUUUGGCUCCCAUGGGGGGCUCCUCGGAAGUCACAGCGUUGAGACACUUGAGAGCAGCCAGGGGUGUUUGCGUGACCUACCUCAGGAGAGAAGAGAGUAAUAUUUAACAUUCAGGACACACCUGCCCCACGCCAGAUUCUGUGCCGCGCACUUUUGUACAUCAAUUCACUUAGCCAUCAUAACGACCUGGCGGCUGGAUGAUAUCACCCCUGUCUUACAAGUGAGGAAAUCAAGUUUCAGAAAGGCUAAGUGAUUUGCCCCAGGUCACUCAGACGGCAAGCAGCAAAGCCAGAAGUCUAAACCCAGGUAUUUCCAUUUCCAAUCCGGUGCCCUUUCUGCCAUACUGUCUCUCAGAGAACAAAACAAAGGACAAAAACAACCCCCACCCCGACUCCCGACUCC